AAAUACAAAAUGGAGACCAGCAAGAAAUGAAAGCCUUCUUGCCGGAAUCAGAACAGGCCAAGAGUCCCACGGAGGAAGAAAAAAAAAGUUCCAGUAAGAAAUCCGUGCCACUCAUCCGCAGCAUACUGAGGACGUUCGCUUACGAAAUUUUCUGCGUCUGCUCCUUCAAGAUCGCCGGCGACCUUCUAUCCUUUGUCCACCCCAAGCUUCUCGGGUCCCUCAUCGACUUUAUCGCCAACAAAGAAGAGUAUAGGCGAUGGCAUGGCUACGCUCUCGUCGCCGCUUUUCUUCUUUCAUCGUUGAUCAUCUCGAUGAGCUACAACCAGACGUACUACCACGUUCACAACUUCGGCAUGCGGUUGAGGACAGCACUGCUGGCCACUGUGUACAGGAAGGCUCUUUUCAUGAACAACGAAACCAGAAGACAAUUCACGACAGGUGCCAUUGUGAACUUCAUGUCCAUCGACUGUCAGAGGGUACAAAACGUCACCCUGAACUCCUGGCUGAUGCUGUCGGUACCCCUCCAGAUUAUUCUUUCGUUCUACUUUCUGAACGACUUGCUGGGCUUGUCGUUCUUGGUGGGAGUGGGGGUGCUGGUGGUGCUCAUCCCCAUCAACACUCGCAUCUCCUUCAUGGAGCGGCGCUACCAGACCGACCACCUCACCUACAAAGACCGCCGCCUGAAGAUGAUGAAUGAGCUGCUGAAUGGGAUAAAGGUGAUCAAACUAAGCGCGUGGGAAGAUGCCUUCUACAACAUAGUGCGGGCAUCAGGGAACGACGAGAUUGCUUGUCUCCGCAAGGCCGUCAUACUGGUCACAAUAAUCAUCUUCAACUGGAUCUGCUCCCCUAUACUAGUAACUACUGGCACCCUACUGACGUACACAUUUGUGUCGGACAAGCAUUACCUGGACCCCACCACGGCCUUUGUGGCGCUGUCGCUGUUCAACAUGCUAAGACACCCGAUGAACGCUCUUCCCGGGUGGAUUUCUGAAGUUAUGCAGAGCCUUGUGUCGAUCAAGAGACUCAGAAACUUCCUGUCUUGUGAAGAACUGGAUCCAGACGAUGUUUCCCACGUGACAAAAGAAGGUGUUGCUGCGUCAAUUGAAAAUGGAACUUUUACCUGGGACAAGAAAGAGAAGCCUACAUUAAAAGAUAUAAAUCUGGAGGUCAAGGAGGGACAACUCGUGGCCGUCAUCGGUCCUGUCGGCGCUGGCAAGUCAUCGCUUAUCUCUUCUUUGCUGGGUGAGAUGCGUCGCCUUGAGGGACACGUGGCCAUGAAGGGAACAGUGGCCUACGUGUCACAACAAGCUUGGAUACAGAACCGCUCGUUAAAAGACGGUGUCAUCUUCGACAACAAGGAGGACAAGAAGCUCUAUGAAAAGGUCAUCCACGCAUGCGCGUUAAAGGCAGACCUGGACAUGUUUGCUGCAGGGGAUCAGACAGAAAUUGGCGAAAAGGGCAUCAACCUCAGUGGCGGUCAGAAGCUGCGCGUGACUCUGGCACGUGCUGUGUACUACAACGCUGACGUCUACUUGCUGGACGACCCUCUGUCGGCUGUCGACACUCACGUUGGUAAACACAUCUUCAAAGAAGUCAUCGGUCCAACAGGCAUGCUCCAGAAAAAGACGAGAGUGAUGGUGACUCACGGUGUUAACUGGCUGCCUGCGUGUGACGUCAUUGUAGUCAUGGACAACGGACGGAUAGCUCAUACGGGGACCUAUCAAGAGCUGGCAUCCAAAGGUAUACUAACGAACUUUGCCAGCCUUGAUCUCCACCUGGAGGAUACGUUGCCAGUCAAGUCCGAGUUCCCAGACGAAAAGUAUGUCAGUGUGGAGAGCCUGUGUUCGCAGACGACACUCAUGUCCCAGGAAUUUGAGUCCGCGGACAUUAACCCCUCCGAAAAUUCGAAAAGGCAAAAAAUGUUCAAACUGACGCGGUUCCCAUUUUUUCGGAAAAAGAAAAACGAAAAAGAUAAGGAGCAGAACGGGAAGAUAAUUUCAGAAAAACCUGUUCAAGGGCAGCAACUUGUAGAAGAAGAAGAGUACGAGACGGGAAAGAUUAAAGGACACGUGGUUAAAGCUCUCCUAAAGGCCUUCGGGCCGAUUCCGUUUGCUGUCGCCAUGGUGAUCGUUCUGGUGCACAACGCCAUAGAACUGGCCGCCAACUUCUGGUUGACUAACUGGACAUCCGACAGCUACCUCAGCAACACGUCACUCUUCAACACCAGUGAAUACACGGACAGAACAGUGACGUACGUCAGUGUCUAUGCCGUUUUUGGAAUUCUUCAGGCUAUCGUGAUGCUUUUUUUCGUUGGGAUCAUAUUUUUACGAAUGCUAGUGGCCUCCAAGGACAUGCACAACGCUAUGCUCAGGGCUAUUCUACAUCAGCCAAUGAGCUUCUUCGACACAACGCCACUAGGACGAAUCCUAAAUCGUUUUUCACGAGACGUGGAUGCCCUGGAUGGCUCUUUGGCUCACCUCAUUCGCAUGUACUGUAUCCAGAUUUUCCAUGUGAUCAACGUGCUGUUCAUAAUCACCUACACCACACCUGUGUUUCUGGCGGCAGCUGUCCCUUUGAUCUUCUUUUACUUUGUUAUGCAGACGCUCUACGUCCCCUCCUCACGUCAGUUGAGGCGGUUCGACUCUAUCUCUCGCUCUCCCAUCUACGUCCACUUUAACGAGACCAUCAGUGGCGCCACCUGCAUCCGAGCCUUUGGUGCCACAGAGCGCUUCAUCGUGCAGAACGAAAAGUUGGUGGACAACAACAACGUCUAUAUCUACGCUAAUGUUUCUUCCUGGAGGUGGCUGAAGAUCCGCCUGGAGCUCAUCGGAAAUCUGACGUCAGUCUUCGCCGCCCUCUUCACCAUCAUGGCAGAUGACCUUUCGGCCAGUCUUGCCGGCCUCUCUGUGUCCUACGCCCUGCAGAUCACAGGCUCCCUCAACAUGCUUGUUGGUCAUGCCGUGCAGCUAGAGACCAACGCAGUGUCAGCGGAACGGAUCGUUGGGUAUUCCUCUCUCCCUCCCGAGCCUGACUGGGUAGUGGAGGACACCCGGCCAAAGGAAGGGUGGCCACAAAAUGGCGUCAUCAGUUUUCAUGACUACAGCACCCGCUACAGACCCGGCCUGGACCUCGUUCUACAGUCAGUUACUGCUCACAUUCGUAGUGGAGAAAAGGUCGGCAUCGUGGGCAGGACAGGUGCUGGGAAAUCGUCAUUGUCCCUUUCUCUCUUUCGUCUGAUCGAGGCUGCCGAGGGCAAAAUCCUCAUCGACGACAUCGACAUCGCCAGCAUGGGACUACAUGAUCUUCGCUCGCGGCUGACCAUCUUACCCCAGGACCCAGUGCUCUUCUCGGGAACUCUCCGGUUCAACCUUGACCCCUUGUCCGAGUUUACAGACGAGCAGCUGUGGUCAGCCCUGGGGCAGUCUCACCUCAAGACCUACGUCGAGUCGCUGUCCAAGGGGCUUGAACACGAAGUGGACGAGGGAGGCAUUAAUCUCAGUGUGGGUCAGCGCCAGCUGGUGUGCCUGGCCAGAGCCCUGCUCCGCAAGACGCGCGUGCUGGUGCUGGACGAGGCCACAGCCGCUGUGGACAUGGAGACAGACGAGCUCAUCCAGCGGACCAUCCGCUCCGCCUUCAAGGAGUGCACAGUGCUCACCAUCGCCCACCGCCUGCACACCGUCCUCGACUAUGACAGGAUUUUGAUCUUAAGCAACGGAACAGUCCUAGAGUUCGACUCCCCGGAAAACCUGCUAAAAGAUACCAACUCGACCUUCUACAAGAUGGCUCGGGAAGCAAACCUGGUUGCAUGAUUAAAUUCAAAUCUU